AUGAAGCCCAGGCCAGCAGGUUUCGUGGAUAAUAAGCUGAAGCAGCGAGUCAUCCAGUACCUCACCAGUAACAGAUGUGGCAAAUACGUGGACCCUGGAAUCAUGGCAUCUGACUUACAAAGGAUGUACAGCCUAGACUAUGGCCGAAGAAAAAGGAAUGCUUUUAGGAUUCAGGUAGAAAAAGUAUUUAGCAUCAUUACCAGUGAGAAGGAACUUAAGAAUGUAACAGAAUUAGAAGAUGAACAUCUGGCAAAAAGAGCAAGACAAGGUGAAGAGGAUAAUGAGUAUACUGAAAGCUAUUCAGAUGAUGAUUCAGAUAUAGAAGAUUACCCAGAUCCACAGUUGGCAAAUCACAUGAACUCUUCCCUGCUCUCCUUAUAUCGGAAAGGAAACCCGGAUUCUGUUGCAAAUACUCCCGAGGGGGAGCAAAGAGAAACCAGCGGUUCAGCACCAUUUGUAGCGUCCAAAACCAGCUCCAUUCCGUCGAAGACCCCAGCCAGGGGCUCUGAAGGAGGCUGGUUCAUUGACAGAACACCAGGUGGGAAGAAAGACAGUUUUUUCUUGGACCUAUCAGAGGAGACUAAUAAUAAGAAGCCAUCAUCUGAAAUAGAGGGUUCCAAAGAGCCGUCUCUCCUGGAGAGGGAUAAGAAAAGGAAAGGCAGGUUAAAGAGCAAAGGAAGCAAAAGGAAGAAAGAAGAUCUCCAGGAAGUGGACGGAGAGAUAGAAGCUGUCCUGCAAAAAAAAGCUAAAGCCCGGGGGCUAGACUUCCAGACCUCCAGCGUGAAGUUUGAAGAUGUUGGAGGCAAUGAUGAGACACUAAAGGAAGUCUGCAAGAUGCUCAUCCACAUGCGUCACCCGGAGGUGUACCAGCACCUGGGCGUCACGCCCCCGCGGGGAGUUCUCCUCCACGGGCCGCCAGGCUGCGGGAAGACGUUACUGGCACACGCGAUCGCGGGGGAACUUGACCUUCCGAUUCUCAAAGUAGCUGCUACAGAGAUUGUGUCGGGAGUGUCCGGAGAGUCCGAACAGAAGCUGAGAGAACUGUUUGAUCAAGCGCUGGCAAAUGCUCCCUGUAUCCUUUUCAUCGAUGAAAUUGAUGCCAUUACCCCCAAGAGAGAAGUUGCUUCAAAAGAUAUGGAACGAAGAAUUGUAGCCCAGCUCCUAACCUGCAUGGAUGAUCUGAAUAAUGUGGCUGCUACAGCUCAGGUCCUAGUCAUUGGAGCUACUAACCGGCCGGACUCGUUGGACCCGGCUUUGAGACGGGCAGGAAGGUUCGACCAGGAGAUAUGCCUUGGUAUCCCCGAUGAGGCAUCCAGGGAAAGAAUACUUCAAACGCUGUGCAGAAAGCUAAGACUUCCUGAAACGUUCCAUCUGCGUCACUUAGCGCACCUCACGCCAGGCUUCGUGGGCGCAGACCUGAUGGCACUCUGCCGCGAGGCAGCCAUGUGUGCCGUCAGCAGGGUCUUAAUGCAGCUGCAGGAAGCACAGAAGCAGGAGCCUGAGGCGGAAGGCUUCCCAUCUGAAGGAGGCCAGGGAGAAAUGAUGGAGGCUGAGCCCACGUCCACAGCACAGGAUGAAUUGCAAAGUCUGCUGAGGUUGCUAAGAAACCAGGAUCCCCUCUCAGAGGAGCAGCUGCAGGGACUGUGCAUUGAGUUGAAUGACUUCAUUGUGGCUCUGUCCUCCGUGCAGCCCUCUGCCAAAAGGGAAGGCUUUGUCACUGUCCCGAACGUGACGUGGGCAGAUAUCGGUGCCCUGGACGACAUCAGAGAGGAGCUCACCAUGGCAAUACUGGCGCCAGUACGUAACCCAGAUCAGUUCCGAGCUCUCGGAUUGGUGACUCCGGCCGGAGUCCUCCUUGCUGGUCCUCCCGGCUGUGGGAAAACACUGCUGGCGAAGGCUGUUGCAAAUGAGUCUGGACUAAAUUUUAUAUCUGUCAAGGGCCCAGAAUUACUAAAUAUGUACGUCGGUGAAAGCGAGCGUGCUGUGAGGCAGGUUUUCCAGCGGGCCAAGAACUCAGCGCCCUGCGUCAUCUUCUUCGACGAAGUGGAUGCCUUGUGCCCUCGAAGAUCAGACCGAGAGACGGGGGCAAGUGUGCGAGUGGUGAAUCAACUCCUUACAGAGAUGGAUGGUCUGGAAACACGUCAGCAGGUUUUCAUCAUGGCAGCCACCAACAGGCCAGAUAUCAUUGACCCUGCGAUCCUGCGCCCGGGACGCCUAGACAAAACUCUCUUCGUGGGCUUGCCGCCCCCCGCAGAUCGGCUCGCCAUCUUACAAACCAUCACCAAGAAUGGCACCAAACCCCCACUGGACACCGAUGUCAGUCUGGAAGCGAUUGCUGGGGACCAUCGCUGUGAUUGCUAUUCGGGUGCAGAUCUCUCUGCUUUGGUACGGGAAGCUUCCGUCUGUGCCCUGAGACAGGAAAUGGCAAGACAGAAGAGUGGAAAUGAAAAAGGUGAACUCAAGGUUAGUCAGAAGCACUUUGAAGAAGCUUUCAAGAAAGUGAAAUCAUCUAUAUCAAAAAAGGACCAGCUGAUGUACGAGGCUCUGAAGCAGUCCCUUGGCCAGUGA